CGGGGGUCCGGUAAUGCUUGCGGAUCCCUGUAGUAUGGUGCAUUGGAACUCGGGUCCCCAUGCUCGUACGAAUGCUACCCGGGGUCGUUCCUCAUGAUUCGGCCCCCCUACAUCAGGUAAUACAGUCCCGAAAUCAACGUUGGAUAUAAAUCCAAUGUGAACUGCCUGCAAAUUGCGAUUGGUGCAUAGACCGCAACACAACACAACACAACACAAUAACAACAAUUUUGACCGAAGCAGAACAAGAUGGCUCCUGGACGCAUCGAUCCUCCAAAUCUCCCCGCCACCAAGCUUAAGAUCCCCACCGUGGACAUCUCCGCCUUCCUGGCCGACCCAGAUUCUCAAGAGGCCCAGUGCAUCGUGCCCAUUGUGAGGGCGGCCUGUCGCACCACUGGCUUCUUUCAGAUUACCGGUCACGGCGUUUCCACGGCUCUCCAGCAGGCCGUGUUUGAAGGGGGCAAGAAGUUCUUUGCCCUUCCCUUCGAGACUAAAAAAGCCCUUGACUCCAAGACCGUCCGCGGCCACCGCGGCUACGACGUGCUAGCCUCACAGUCAUACGAGCCGGGUAUCCUGCCAGAUCUCAAAGAAGGCUGGUAUGUUGGAGAGGAUCUUCCAGAUGACCACCCCCGAGUACAGGCAGGCCGCUUCUUCAUGGGGCGCAAUGUCUGGCCGGAUGAGGCCAAAGUGGCCCGCCAUGACUUCCGAGAGCCUUGCGAGGAGUAUCACCGGGCACUUAGUGCCCUCAGCAUCCAAAUUUUACGACUCAUCGCGCGUACCCUGCCGUAUGGCUCGGGCAUCUUCGACGACUUUGUCUCUCACCACCCCAUCACUCCAAUGCGGAUCUUGCACUAUCCUCCCGCCCGCACAGGGACGGACAAACCUCAGUACGGGGCCAGCGCGCAUACCGACUUUGGCGCCAUCACGCUGUUGUUGCAGGACGAAAGCCCCGGGCUGGAGGUGUUGGACUCUCGCACAGGGACGUGGGUGGCCGUACCGCCCAACCCGAACGCCUACGUGGUCAACAUCGGUGACAUGCUCAGCCGCUGGACACGGGACGAGUAUGUCAGCAGCGUGCACAGGGUUAUUAACCAGAACCCAUGGGAUCGGUACAGCAUCGUCUUCUUCUUCGACGGGAAUCCCGACACGGAGCUGCGGGCAUUGGAUGGCAGCGAGGCGGAGGAUUCGCACCCACUGACCCCGGAGCAACACAUGCUGCACCGUAUGACCGAAAGCUAUGGGAAGAAAAUCAAUAAACCCGAGGUUAGCGCCUGAUGCCAUCUGCAUAUCAUGAGAUAUGGGGAUUCCCUCCUUGCCCCUCUUUGCGCAAUGCAGAAGGACCACCACGUCCUUCCUCAAUGUACCCUGACUUUUUCACUCCCCGGCAUUCCUUUCCAAAUUUCCCAAUAAUCAUAAGGAAAUCUUUUCUCCGUAACAGCGAGGGCCUUUUUUUCCAUCCACAACCCUAGCUUAGGUCACAGACAAUACAAGAACUAUUCCAAGCUCAAUAGAGGUUGCUAUACAUACUUCCC